UGUCAUAUAGGAAGUAGAGGGGUUUGUCAGAAGAACUGUAGUUGUAGAGAAGGUCACUUGUCAGUGGGACAGAAUGGAGAACACAUUGCUCUGUGGGCUGCUCUUGCUGAGUAUCCUCAUCUACUGUGGACACUGUGAUGAAGAUGAUGUUCAGCCCAGAGCCACAUUGAGAAUCUCUCCUCAGGGUCUCCUCUACUCUGGAGAUACUGUCACUCUGCAGUGUGACAUACCAGACUACACAGACUGGACAUACUACUGGUACAUAAACAACCAACCAGGUUCCAGUACACAUGGUAAAACCAUCACCAUCUCUCUCCCCGACCAGGCUGGUCAGUACCAGUGUCUAGGCACAAGGAGAGAUCGGCCCCAGAAUUCUCAACGCAGCAAAGCCUUCUCUAUCCAGCUCACUGCUCUACCCACGGCCUCAGUGAGUAUCUCUCCUCAGGGUCUCCUCUACCCUGGAGAGACAGUCAGCAUGCAGUGUGACAUAUCAGACUACACAGACUGGACGUACAGCUGGUAUAUAGGAAACAACCUCCAUUCCGGUACGCCUGGUAAAACCAUCACCACUCUGUCUAAUCGAGCUGGUCAGUACAGAUGUGCUGGGGUAAGGACAGGUCGGCCUCAGUGGUCUCCAGUCAGUGUUUUCCUCCCCAUCAGAGUCACUGAUUAUCAGCCGUCGACAACACUGACUUCAGACAAAGAGAACCUAUUCACAGGAGACAGUGUGACACUGAGCUGUACUGUAGAGUCUUCUGGAUGGAAGUUUUACUGGUACAGACACAGACCAGACUCUAUACCAGUAACCACAACCUCUGGAUACUCCUACACACUCAGCGGGGUCAGUGUCUCUGAUGGAGGACAGUACUGGUGCAGAGCUGGGAGAGGAGACCCAGUCUACUACACCCUGUACAGUGACCCAGUCCAGAUACACGUUACUGAGAGGCCUGUUGCUGUUCUGACCCUCCAACCCAACUGGACCCAGAUAUUCAGUGGAGAGACUGUUACUAUGAGAUGUGACAUACAGGGAGGAGGAGACACUGACUGGAACUACAGAUAUAAGACUAGUCCGUUAGUGAUCCUAUUUAACACAAAGACUGAGUACAGAAUCAGUCCUGUCUACAUGUCUAACAGUGGUUCAUAUACCUGUGAGGGUGUAAAGGGAAACAAGUUCUCCAAGACCAGUGAUGAUGUACAGCUGAAUGUGUCUGGUAAACCCAAGGCUGUCCUGAGUAUCUCUCCUCAGUGGCUGAACCCUGGAGACUCAGUGUCUCUGAGUUGUGAAGUUGACAAGACGUCAACAGGCUGGAGGUUCUCCUGGUACAGGACUGUUCCCUACAGAGCUGGGUCACCCUCCCUAUCAGACAAGUCUUACUCUCUACAGCCCCUAUCUGACAAUGUGACUAGUGAAGACUCCUACACUCUGAUCCCUGCUGGUCCUACUCCCACAGAAGGAUAUGUGUGUAGAGCUGGGAGAGGAGACCCAGUCUAUUACACACUCUACAGUCAACCUCAGUUUCUCUGGUCAGGAGAUCUGCAGCCUUCAGUGUCUCUCAGAAUAAGUCCCAACAGAACUCAACACUUUAGAUCAACGUCUCUCUCACUGAGCUGUGAGGAGAAGGGGAACUCUACUGGAUGGAGACUGAUGAGAUACACAGAGAGAGGAGUAGAGUCAGGGUGUGUCUCUAACUGGGGAUCAAUAACAGGGUCCACAUGUACCAUCAGGUCCACAUACAUAGGGGACAGUGGAGUGUACUGGUGUGAGUCUGGAUCAGGAGAGUACAGUAAUGCUGUCAACAUCACAGUGCAUGCUGGUGAUGUGAUCCUGGAGAGCCCUGUCCAUCCCCUGAAUGAAGGAGACUCUGUGACUCUGCGCUGCAAAUACAGGACAACCAGCUCAAACAUCAAGGCUGAUUUCUACAAAGAUGGAAUACUCAUCAAGAAUGAGACCUCAGGAGAGAUGACCAUCCCUGCAGUAUCCAAGUCAGAUGAAGGAUUCUACACAUGCAAAUACCCUGACAAGGGAGAAUCACCAGAGAGCUGGAUGACAGUGAGAGCUGUAGCUCCUGGAUCCUCUACACUAGUCCUAGUAGGAGUGGUUGUGGGUCUGGUUGUUGCUGGUGUUCUACUGGUCAUUCUCCUCGUCCUGCUGUGGAGUUUUAAAAACGGCAAAGGUUCCAGUUUUAACAGAAUAUUCUUACACCCCCAGCCCCAGUGCACCAACCAGGACCCCCAACAGGACCAAGGAUCUACCCAGGGUCAGGCUCCUGAUGCUGGGUAUACAUGUCUGCAGCAUGGUGGUGUUCACAUCUACGAUACGAUCAUUCCCUCGGACAACUAUAAUAAUGAUGCUGCUGUUGGACCAAGUCUUGUGACAUACGCCCAGAUUCAACUCAAAAAGUUGGACAAGAAAAAGAAUGAAAAGCCAGCUGAUCCAAAAGGAAGUCCAGUCUACUCUGAGGUGAAGACAGGGAAAGCCACAACAGCUGGACCUGUUGAUGUGACCUAUGCUGAGGUUGUCCUCCAAAAGAAGAACAAAGCCAAGAAGAAGAGAAACAACAACCCCACCUGAGGCAGAUUCAGUCUAUUCUCAACUGAAGCCAGGCACAACCCCAGGUCCUUGAGGGAGAUGGAGGGACACACCAUCAGAGGAGAAGUAGGAGCCAUCUGGGAACAUGGGUUAUGCAUACUGGAUGCACACACACAUGCAGGCAGGCUCACACACACGCAUGCACACGAACACACAAAUACAGAAAAAACACAUUCACUCUUACAAGUGAACAUGUGAAGUAUUCCAAAAACACAUGUUUUCAUGUGAUCGCGUGAUCUUAUUUGAAGUUAAUGUGAUAACAUGUGACAACAUAUGACAUGGAACUGCACAUGUGAAAACGUCACAUUUCACGUUACAUUUCUCAUGUGUUUUUCUGUGAGGGACACACACACAAUAACACCUUAUACAUGAAGGAUUUGUAUGUUAUUUUAAUUCACCAGAUAGAUACAACAAAUAUAUUCUAUUUAACCAUGUGUGUAUUACUGUAACAGCUUAAAUAAAGGAUGUGUUGUAAUGAUGAUAGAAUUACUGUAGCUGUUUAUAAGAUCUAUCUGCUUUGUAUUGUGUAUUGAAUUGUUUGGUUGUAAAUAUACUGAAAUGUAUUAUCAUUGAUUCAUUAUUUCUGUCAUUCAGAUGAUAGAAUAACAUAUUUUGUAUAUGAAUGUCAGUCACGUUUGUUGAAUGGAGGAGACCAAGGCACAGCGUGAUAUGAAUACAUGAUUUUAAUGAAGACGAAGAGCACUUAACACACUAUACAAAAACAACAAACCGAACGUGAAGCUAUAUAAUACUAAUGCAACUAGACAUAGAAAAUAAUCCACGAAAUACCCAAAGAAGAUGGCUGCCUAAAUAUGGUUCCGGUCUGCGGCCCGUCGUAGGAGGUUCCGGUCUGCGGCCCGUCGUAGGAGGUUCCGGUCUGUAGACUACCGCCGGAAACUCUGGACUGGGUACUGUUGCCGGACGCUCUGGACUGGGUACUGUAGUCGGACGCUCUGGACUGGGUACUGUCGCCGGACGCUCUGGACUGGCGAGGCGCACUGUGGGCCUGGUGCAUGGUGCCGGUACUGGUUGUACUGGGCCGAGGACACGCACCUCAGGGCGAGUGCGGGGAGGAGGAACAGGGAGUACAGGGCUGUGGAGGCGUACUGGAGGUCUGGCGUGUAGAGCUGACACAACCCGUCCUGGCUGGAUGGUUAUACUUGCCCUGCAAAUGCAGGGCGCUGGCACAGGACACACAGGGCUGUGCACACUCACAGUACGCAGAGCCGGCACAGGAUAUCCUGGUCCAUGGAGGUAUUCUGGAGACCAGGAGCACUGAGCCGGCACCCUCCUUCCUGGCUGGAUGCUCAUUCUAGCCCAGCCAAUGCGAGGAGCUGGAAUAUAGCGCACCGGGCUAGAAAUGCGCACUGGAGACACCGUGCACAUCUCUGCAUACCACGGUGCCUGACCAGUUACACGCUCCCCACGGUAAGCACGAGGAGGUGGCUCAGGUCUCCUACCUGACUUAGCCUUGUGUGCCCCACCCAAAAAUGUAUUGGAGCUGCCUCUCGGGCUUCUGUGCUAGCCGUGUACCCAUAUAUCGUUGCCGUUCCUCCUGUGCUCUCUCCACCUGCUUCCAUGACAGGGUCUUGUCCCCUGCCAUUACCUCCUCCCAGGUCCAGGAUGUUUUACCGUCCAGUAUUUCGUCCCGAGUCCACAAUUCCACAAAGCGCUGUUCCUCCUUAUCACGCUGCUUGGUCCUUUUAUGGUGGGUAAUUCUGUCACGUUCGUUGAAUGGAGGAGACUAAGACGCAGCGUGAUAUGAAUACAUGAUUUUAAUGAAAUCGAAGAACACUUAACAAACUAUACAAAAACAACAAACCGAACGUGACGCUUAUAUAAUACUAGUGCAGGCACCGGCAACUUGACAUAGAAAAUAACCCACAAAAUGCCAAAAAAAAGAUGGCUGCCUAAAUAUGGUUCCCAAUCAGUGACAACGAUAAACAGCUUGUCAGGAUUUGGCCAGGGUUGUUCCGGGUUUUGGUCACUAGAUGCCCCCAUUGUGCUUUUUGACCUUAUGUUUUUUCCCUUGUUCCCCAUUAUUAUUUGCACCUGUGCCUCGUUUCCCCUGAUUGUAUUUAAACCCUUAGUUUCCCUCAGUUCUGUGCUCUGUGUUUGUAUGUUAGCACCCAGCCCUAGUGUUCUGUGUAUUCUUGUCGAUUCCGGUGGAUGCUCUUGUGGAAUUCUGUUUUUGUUUUUGAGUAUCUCUUGAGGCUUUUUUGUGCUAUUCCUACCACCUUUUGGAUUUGCCAUUUUUGUAUUGAAGGACUUCUCCUUUUUACUUUAUUAAAUACACCGUCUUAAGUA